AUGGAUGCAGUGGAGCCAGAGAGGCACAGCUGGGCUAAUAUGUUAGCACGCAGGCUUUGGACAGCCAUCAGCAGGGCACUGUUUGCUGAGUUCCUGGCCACAGGGCUGUAUGUGUUCUUUGGCGUGGGCUCAGCUAUGAGCUGGUCCUCAGCACUUCCCUCUGUACUGCAGAUUGCCAUCACCUUCAACAUGGCCACAGCCAUGGCUGUGCAGGUCACCUGGAAGGCCAGUGGGGCCCAUGUCAACCCUGCUGUGACACUGGCCUUCCUUGUGGGCUCCCACAUCUCUCUGCCCCGUGCUGUGGCCUAUGUGGCUGCCCAGCUGGUGGGAGCUAUUGUGGGGGCUGCUCUGCUUUACGGGGUCACACCAGGAGACAUCCGAGAGACCAUUGCCAUCAACGUGGUCCGGAACAGUGUUUCAACUGGCCAGGCGGUGGCAGUGGAGCUGGUCCUGACCCUGCAGCUGGUGCUCUGUGUCUUUGCUUCCACCGACAGCCGUCAGACAUUAGGAUCCCCGGCCGCCAUGAUUGGGAUCUCUGUGGCACUGGGCCACCUCAUUGGGAUUUACUUCACUGGCUGCUCCAUGAACCCAGCCCGCUCCUUCGGUCCUGCCGUCAUCGUUGGGAACUUCACAGUCCACUGGAUCUUCUGGGUGGGACCCCUGACAGGGGCUGUCCUGGCUUCGCUGAUCUACAACUUUAUCCUGUUUCCUGAUGCAAAGACCCUGGCCCAGAGACUGGCCAUCCUCACUGGCACCGAAGAGGUGGAGAAAGUGGUUGGAGUGGAGCCCCAGAAAAAGGAAUCCCAGUCCAGUUCUAGGGACACUGAAAUGGAGAGUGUGUGUGAGAUGGCAUAG